AUGCGCCGGGAAGGGGCCAGAGAAGAAGGGAGAGGGAGAGGGAUCUCGGGGAGAGAAAGAUUCCUGUUGCGAGAGAGAUGCACCCUGCCCCAGGUCCUGAAGGGCUGGCUCACCUCAGCCAAAGCAUGGGAGCGGGAGAGAGCCCUGCGGGUUUGCACCCACGUGCUGGGCGCUUGCAAGGAGCGAUGUGAGCUCGUGAGAGGAUGUCCCUGCAAGCAGUUGGGCUCCCUGGUGGGACUGCUGGGGUCUCUGACCGGCGACUGCCUGGCCACGUGCCGCCAGAGGGCAUGGGUCUGCCUUGGCUACCUUCUCCAAAUGCACGCCAAGAGCAUGAAGGUGCCGCAGGCAGGUGAGAUCCGGUGCCUUUGUGAGGAGCUGAACAGCCCGGACACCGAGACUUUGGUGAAGACCCGUACCAAAAUAACAAAGGCUGUUUGCAGAUGCAUCCCUGCAGCGCAGGCUGUGGACUUUCUGACUGCCGUCCUGGACAGCUUGCUGCACGUCAUGCCCCCACGUGCAAGAGUAGUGUGGAAGUGGGUGUUCAUCUUCCUGGGGGAAUGCAGAAAGGAAAUAGUCCAGGAGGGCCACCAGUGGCUCAAGCAGUGCAGACUAACUCAGUCUCAGGAGGGUAGAGGCAAGGAAAAGCGUCCCUGGAGAAUUGGGUUCCUCCUGAAGGAGACACGUGCCCUUGCAGAGGCCCUGCAAGGCAUCUUCAGGGUCUCGAAGAGCGUUGACACGGUGGAGCUGUGGAGGAGCCUGGGGAGAAGCAUCCUUGGGAUUGGGAUCCUGAGGUGCUUAGUGCAGAAACUAAACAGAGCAGGAAACCACCGCCUGGGGACGGACUCCUCCACUUGUGGGCGGCACAACCGUCAGACGGCUGUGGAGACUCUGACGAUCACCCGUGCCAUCUCCGAGGUGGUGCUUGCCCUGAGGAGCACGGAGGAGCUCAGGCAACUGCUUCCCCACCUCCUUCCCAGCCUCCUCAGGUGGGCCAGAGAAAUGCUGGGUGGGGAGAGGCUGCUUUUGCUCAUGAGCACCUGGAGAGAACUGUUCCUCGAGUGCCAAAUGCACGUGGAGAAGCCGUGCAGGAUUUUCCUUUCAGCUCUAGAGUUGGUGCUGGGCAAAUGCAUGGCGCAGAAACGGACGCAGCUGCUCGUGAAUCGGGGAGUGUGGGCUCGCCUGGAAGACCCCCUGGCUCACCCUGGGGGGGUGCGUCUCCUGAGCAGCGUCCUGCUCCACGCUGGGCUCGUCUCCCCCUGUCUGGUGAAGAACCUCUUGCCGUGGCCGGAUUCCUGCUCAGUUAAACUGCGGGUGACAGCUACAGCUUUCUUUGCUGAGAUCUCUCGGGGCGGCAGGACGACAGGGACCUCCGAGUGAGGCAGGCACCAGAGGAAUCCCUCCGCAAUACCUGGCCCCAGCCAGCACCACGGA